AUGUCCUCUUCCGCCGCCAGUAAGAAACCACUGAUUAUCUUUUGCCACGGAUCCGGCGACACGGGUGCAGGUGCCCAAGCAUGGAUUGAAUCCUUGGUUCCACCCCAAGUCUAUCGUCAAUGGGACUGGAUCUUUCCGACGGCCCAGCCCAUUCCCUAUAAACUCAAUGGAGGCAUGGUGACCAGUGUCUG